GCCUCCAAUAUCUAACAAUGCGUGUGAACAGCCUGUACACGAAUGCGAUUCAUAAGCGUAAGCACAAGCAACGCCCAAAGCCGGCUAAGAUACUGAUAACGGAAUCGUGAAAACCAUAUAUCAAGCUAACAUGCGCUUAGCCCAUUGAAACGUCUCACCCUCGAUUCAGCAUCGACUUAACGAUUCGGCGGCUCCCCACCUGCGGUGUCCCUAAGGCCAGAAACGCGCCAAAAGUUUAAUAGCGACGCGUCUCCUGAACCUUUUCUUUUGCGACGUGUUUGCAUCUAUCUCUUCAUCUUCUUUUCAUUACGAUACCCAAUCCAAGCGCAUCUUCUAAUUAUCAUUCGACAUGAGCACCGAAACUAUCCUGAUCCUCGGAGGAUCCUUUGCAGGUAUCAGCGCUGCGCACUACGCCCUCAAGCAUGUCAUCCCACAAUUACCCAAGAAGGACGGAGUUACCUAUAAUGUUACCCUCGUCAACCCCUCCAAAGAUCUCUGGUGGCGCAUUGCAGCACCUCGGGAAAGUGUCUCCAAACAAAUGGUGCCUUCGGAGAAGACCUUCUAUCCCAUCGAGCCUGCCUUCACCUAUGCGUUCCCGAAAUUCAAGUUCAUCCAGGGAACUGCGACAAAUGUCGACCCCACCGGUCAGACUGUCUGCGUUGAAACCGCGUCUGGCGAACAGCAAAACGUCGAAUACGCUGCGCUUGUAAUCGCGACUGGUUUCACUACACCAAGCCCGCUCUUCACGCAGGCAACGGAUCGCGAAGCACUCGAGAAGGUUCAUACCGCCUUCCAGGAGGGCCUGAAGAGCGCAAAGACGGUAGUCAUCGGUGGAGGCGGCCCAGUAGGUGUCGAGACCGCCGGAGAGGUCGCGGAGAUUCUGAACGGCAGACCUGGUUUCAUGGCAUCUGCGCCCAAGAACCCAAAGGCAAAGGUCACGCUCAUCUGCGGAGACAAGAAACUCUUGCCUCUGCUGCGUCCGGCGAUUGGUCAGACCGCUGAGCAGUUCCUAAAGCGUCUCGGAUGCGAUGUUACCUACAACACGAGGGUCGUUGGAUCCACCAAGGCGGGCGAAGAAGAGGGCGCAAAGACGAGGGUGGAACUGAGCAAUGGCGAGACAGUCGAAGCGGAUAUCUACAUCGAUGCGACUGGCUCUCGGCCGAACACUGGCUUCCUUCCGAAGGAGUGGCUCGAUACCCGCAACCGCGUAGCAUGCAACGACAAGACCCUCCGCGUCGAACACGAAUCCGCCGGUCCCCGCGUCUACGUCGUCGGCGAUGCUGGCUCUUACACUCGCGGAGGCGUCAUGGACAUGUACGACGCUGUACCAGCGGCUAUGACAAACCUCAAGAACGACCUGCUUGCCCACCUAACUGGGGAGCCACACAAGGGCGAUCGUCACUACACGGCGAACCUGAAGGAGCAGCAGAUUUGCCCUAUCGGCACCCAGAAGGGUGUUGGUGCAUUCAAUGGAUUCAGGGUUCCCAGUCAGAUGGUAUGGAUGAUCAAGGGAAGGGACUACAUGAUCAGCCAACUUGCUGAGGGCACAUUGAGGGGUGAUCAGUUCAAGAAGGAGGGCAAGUGGACGCCUGUUCAACAGGCUGGCAAGGCUGGACUCAGCUCAGGCUAGACGGCGAGCAGACCUUACAAGUUGAUUGAGAGCAUUGGAUAUACCUGUAUCGGUUGGUUUGUCGCGUCGCGUUCAUAGCGGAUCGGAAUACCCUUGAGGCAUAGCGUGUAGGUUACAUAGUUUUAAUGUCAUGUGAAGUCGGAUUG